UCCUGUUUCCUUGGCAACGUCACAUAGCAACAACAAAGGCGCAGGAAUAACAAAAUCAGCUGAUUGGCAGCCAGUGCUGGAAAGCGCUAUCAUGCCGCAAAGCAACUGACUCUACCCCGACCACGUCGAACGGCGAACGCCUAUUAUGAUCUUAUCUAGGUGGAGCACCUUCUGGCCAUAACUGUGAUACUUUGUGUCACCGUUUGGGACACAACAGUGCUUAUUCUAUAAUUAACAACAGACUGGACAAUAAUUAAUUCAUUAAUUAAUUAGCGAUGGGACGACUCAACAAGCGUUUGCUGCCCAUCAAGGCGCACUUCUUCUUUUUCAUGGCAGCCAUGGGACCCAUAUUGCCUCAACUGGCGGUAAUAGGCAAGCAAAUCGGUAUUCCUCCAGACGUAAUGGGCUAUAUCAUGGCCAUCUUGCCCAUAUUAUAUGUUUUAGCCAAACCCCUUGUGGGUUUCCUUGUGGAUUAUUUUACGAGCCUGCGCAAAUUCAUCUUCAUCUCGCUGAUCCUGAUCAUGACCCUGGCCUAUGGCGGCUUCAUCUUUCUGCCUGGAAACUCACAUUUCAUCCCCCUGGAGGAGGGCAGUGCCCAGUGGAAUGUUACUCUACUGUCUGACCUACAUGAAUGCAGCCCUAUGAUCUACUCCUCGAAAGCAUUUUGCCAGACGGUUCACGAGGCGGAUUGCAGUGAGGGAGAGAAUCGAUAUGCAACCAUGAUUGUGGCCACCCAGGCGGGGCUGAAUCUCAGUGAAAAUCUGCGCCAUGGCAACGUAAGCUAUCAUAUGUGCCUCGCAUCAUCUGCUGAGUACAGUCCCUCAGGAUUGAGUGCAUCUUGUGAGCUGCAGCAUGUGGGUUCCUGCAUCUAUGGCGCUGGCAAGUUCUGGCUUUUUGUAUUCCUGCUGUUCGUCGGAACCAUUGGCUUCAAUGUGAUCAACUCCAUAUCUGAUGCCUGCUGCUUUGACCUCCUUGGCGAGGCGGAGCAGGACAAGUACGGGGCCCAGCGUGUAUGGGGCACCAUUGGCUUUGGAGUCACUGCCCUCCUGGCUGGCGUUGUGGUCAAUUGGUGGACCUCGGAUGCGGUCAAGAGUCUGACCCCGGCCUUGAUAAUCAUGGGUGUGUUUAGCCUUCUGGAUUUGUUUAGUGUGUCCAAGUUGAAGCUUCCGAAACUGGGCGGCUCCGAGACCAUUUGGAGCGAUGUCUGGCAGCUGGUACGCCAGCCACCUAUUCUCGUCUUCCUGCUGUUCGCCACCAUGGCCGGAAUCAUUGACUCCUUCAUCAUUUACUUCAUGUUCUGGCACCUGGAGCAGGUGGCCGAGGCUACGGGUUAUAUGGAUCAGAUCAAGUUAAUCGAGGGACUGGUGGUGGCCGCCGAGUGCCUGGCCGGCGAGGUGCCCUUCUUCUUCUACAGUGGCAAGAUCAUCAAGAAGCUGGGCUACGUUCACUGCAUGAGCAUGUGCUUUUUCUUCUAUGCAGUGCGUCUGUCGCUGAUCUCCUGGAUCCCGAAUCCCUGGUAUCUCGUCGGCGUGGAGCUCUUCUUUCAGGGCAUCACCUACGCCCUCUGCUACACCUGCAUCGUGGCAUAUGCCUCGGCGGUGGCGCCCCCGGGUACUUCGGCCACAGUUCAGGGGCUGAUGGCCGGCAUGGAUGAUGGCCUCGGCUUCUCCAUUGGCUCUUUGGUCGGUGGCCUGAUGUUCAAGAGUCUGGGAGGACGGGAAAGUUUCAAAUACUUUGCCAUUGCCGCCCUGUGCACCUGCGUGGCUCACAUUGUGGUGCGUCCUACCUCCAGGAAGCGGCAGUUUCUGCCCAAACAAGGCUAUCAACCGCCCGCGGAACAGGAUAUUAAGUAUACGCCGCCGCUGCCUGACCAAGAAAUGCAGAACCUACGUUGACCCAGAACCUGAAAUUAAGUAAAUAGUUUUAAGAGCGAUUUGUUGCCUAUUUUUGUACGCCUCUUUUAGAGAAAAAGACAACGAGAUGUCCAAAAGUUGAACGACUUUUCGGUCGGUUGAUUGUUCCAUUGUUGGAGCGCACACACGCGAUCUCAAGUGCGCCAGCCCCCUUCCAGCUGUCAAUAUAAAUGGUUAUAUAUGCUUAUAUAAUACCUGAGAGCACAAAAGAACCCAUUGAAAGUGAAACUGGGGCCAGGCGGCAGAUGAUGCCCCCACCGCUCGCUUAAAUGGCGCGCGAUUCCCACUCCAUAUAUUAACAAAACUGGCCGGAUCGAUGGGCCUGCUUGCUCCAUGAUCGAGAAUCGAAAGUCGAUUCGACACUAAUAUGCAAGGUUGAGGUGUAUUAUCAUAUUUUUAAAACUUUUUUGAUAAUUUUCUAGAACCUUUUAUAGUUUUUUUUUUAUAGUGAAAAGAAUAAAGUAACUAUUAAGUCAAGUGCCAUAUUUAUAAAAUACCUGGUUAGUAAUUUUUCCAAUGAAAAUGUGUUGCAUACUCAGAGAUUUAUUAUAAGAGGCCUGGUUUUAAUUUCUAAAAAAAAUGUUUGCAUACUUUAAAGACUAUUUAAAAAAAGAUUCUUGUAUGUAGUAGCCACUCUACCCAUUUAAGCACUCAAAUAAAUUAUCUUUAUAGUCUGUUCUUCUUUUAUUAAAUUCA